UGAAAAAAAAGACAAUGCACGUACUUUUGUAAACCAAGAAAAUCUUUAAUAAGAAUUACUUUUUAAAGAAAAAAAACGUGUAUGUCAAGUCUGAGGGGUGGUAGACAACACAUGAAUCUGUUAAAGGGACGAGGUAGAACCUUUCUUUGUUCAUUUUUCCAUCACUACUGUGUUGUUUUGUGUUUUGCUGUUUGUAUAUCUGAUCUAAAUGAUUUAUCUUUAAAAAUAGAUGAAGAUGAUACUUGAAAUUUUUUGACAAUAUUUAUGCAGAAUGGGAUCCUAGUGGGUGUAAUAUUUUAAAAGAUAUAAAUUGUAAGAUUUUACUGAUGCCAAGUAGUUUAAAGUCUUUUUACCAAACGAAACUGGUCAUUCAAAUGCCUGAGAAAUCUGUUGUUUUUCCUUUCUUGCUUGCAGCUCCUCCACAGCCUCCUGAAAUUAUUGUCUGCUUAUUUUAUUACAAAAGUGGUUCAACUCUUACUUGCGUCUGGACAUAUGAAAGGGACCCUGAAAUAGUCUAUACUCUCACUAAACAGAUGUUAGCACCGAAUGAGGAAGAAAACUGCUCAAUGAAAGGGGCUUCGACAUUAGUAGGCGAUGAGAUACAAAGCUGCUCAACCAAAAGUGCUUUGUGUACAUUAUUCAAUCAACCAAUUUCUGCUCGGGAAUAUCGUGUCUGGGUGACGGCAAGAAAUGGCUUGGGGAAAGCAACCUCAGAGCCUGUUUGCAUAAUUUCUACAACAAUUUUGAAGGCUGAUCCUCCUCAGAUAACUAAAAUAGAAACAGUUCCAGGGAUGCCGCCAAAGCUAAGAGUUCAUUGGAAAAAAUCUCGAAUGCCUCCAAGUGCCGAGAACAAUACGAGGUGCCAAAUUCGUUAUAAAUCCAUAAAGGAAAAUGGCAUGAAAGAUUACUUCAUGGAAGAAGACAGCGCAACAAUUGAACUCACUAAUCUGUGGGAUUGUACAACCUAUACUGUUGACGUUCGGUGCGCUCAUAAUGACUCGAAGUUUUGGAGUGAGUGGAGUACCAAAAAAAUGGGAACAACGAAAGAACAAGGCGAGCAAAAAUGCUGAUACAGUUUGAUGCUUCUGUUAAGUUUUAAAUUGGCAGAUCUAAAAAAACAACAAAAAAUAAUUCAUGUUAAUAGUUUGUUUUUCUAAAUUAUAUAACCAAGACUCAUUCCAUCUCUAGGGGAUCCACAAUGAAUGCUUACAGUGUGUAUGUCUUACAUUUCACAAUCCAGUGCCUACCCUGUUUAAGUGUGAUGAGUGAAAACCAUAUUCAUUUAGGAUGGGAACAGAUCCAUAUCACUGAAUGGAAGACCUAGGUGGCAGUUCUGGAGAAGUGACCCAACUUUUUAUCUUCUAUGAAACUUCCGACAGGGAGG